CGUAAGAACUCAGAUUGACACACACAAACAACCCGAAGCGGCACUGCGGAACCUCUGAGAGAGACGACCCAACUCAGAAUUCGCAAGCUUCGCUUGCUCGCCGGAGCAGCACGCGCACCAGAUGGCCGCGGCAAUGGAGGUCGACGCCGGCGGAGAGAAGCCGUCGGAGAAGGAGCUCUUCCUCGCCGCGGAGUCCGGGGACGCCAGCGUCUUCGCCUCCCUCGCCCCCGCCGACCUCGCCGCAGCACUCUCCCUCCGCAACGAGGACGGCCGCUCCCUCGUCCACGUCGCCGCCUCCUCCGGCCGCCCCGAGGCCGUCGCCGCGCUUGUGGCUGCGGGGGGCGACGCCGUGGCCAGCGCCGUGAACGGGAAGGACGAGGAAGGGUGGGCGCCGAUUCACUCGGUGGCCAGCAGCGGCAACGCCCAGAUCAUCGACAUCCUGCUCGGUCACGGUGCAAAUGUUGAUUUGACUACUGAUGCUGGCCGAACUGCUCUUCACUAUGCUGCUAGUAAAGGAAGGCUUAACAUUGCUGAAACGCUGAUAGCUCAUCGUGCAAAUGUCAACAAGAAAGAUAAGUUUGGCUGCACACCCCUGCAUAGAGCUGCGAGUACUGGAAAUGCUGAGCUGUGUGAAUACCUGCUUGAAGAAGGCGCAGAUAUUGAUGCAGUUGACAAGCUAGGACAAUCACCUCUAAUGCAUGCCGUCAUAUGUGAGGACAGAGGGGUUAUAUUGAUGCUCUUUCAAAUGGUUGGUGGCUUGCAGCUUCUGUGUAUAUUUUCAUGUGUUGCAUCGUAGGUUGCCCUUCUGCUGAUCAGACAUGGUGCCGAUGUUGACAUUGAAGACAAGGAGGGCUACACUGUCCUUGGCCGAGCCUCUGAUAGCUUCAGGCCUGCACUGAUUGAUGCAGCCAAGGCAAUGCUCGAAGGCUGAGGAUGUUUUGCUGCCCUAAGGUAAAAGAUAGAUGGGAGAACAUCUGGAACAGAAAAACCGUCGUUGUGUACCUCGUGAUAUAAGUACGAGCUGUUCCCCUCGAAAAUCAGAUUGAGCAGCCAGACUUUUUGUUCGUGGUUAAUGAUUCUCGUGUUGACUUUGAUGUUCUGCCUUUGCGUUUUCUUCAGAUGACUUACUGACGACUGUCAUAGUUCAGGGCAAAAAAUGAAAACUUGGUUCUCUUCUGCCAACAGAACUUCUUUAGGCAGUGUUAAAAGGAUGCGAAUUAUACGUAUUAUGCGGCACCUGCAUUCAGUAGA